AUGUCGGUGAGGACAGGGUCUGAAGAAAAAAGCCUGCAAAAUAAUUUUGGAGCAAAACACUUUAGCCUUCUCUAUAAGACCACUAUCCACGGAUUCUCUAAAGAAAACUUGUUGCAGGGAUGUUAUAACCAAGGGCGUAUAACAGUGGUGUACUCUAUAAAAUGUGUUACUAGAGUCUACAUGCAAUAACCUAAUCCACAAGGAAGCAGUUUCAUCUUUGCAAUACAAGACACCGGAAUCGCCAUGUGUAACAUAGGAGUAUAUGUAUGGUCUGCACUGUUUCUGGACUUGAAGACAAAAUUUUCAUUUUCCUAUGAAUUCGUGAUAGAUCUGUACUUCAAAUAUGUGUCUGUGAGCACUAAUGUACAUGAAAAUCUUAAAAUUUCUGGAGUUUAUAAUGGUUUUAUUUAGGAGUGUGAAGCUUUUAGGUGUGACAGUUCAUUGAAUGAAGGAAAGAGUAAAGGAAUACUCAAGAACUUAUUAUCCUCCAUGAAAACUUACAAGCAUGGAGAUCUGGUUCACUAAAUACAAAUUUUGCUACUGGGUUCUUUUGAAGUUGGGAAGUUGAGCUUUUGGAACUCAAUGAAGUUGGUCUUCCAAGGAUUCAUCCCAUCAGAGGUGGGAAGGAAGGCAACUUCUUGCCCUUUAUUCUGUGCGACUCCUUCCAGGCUGGGUAAUAAUGAAGGCCUGCGGAGAGGUGACAGGGUCUCCAUCCUGAAAGGCUACGUUCGUGACAGAUACCAAUUUAAUUCCAUGAAACCAAUAGCAUGAAGCCAUCAAAGUUAUAUUCAUUCUCCAUUGUUGAAGGACACAAUCCAUUGUGUGGUGUUUGUGCUUGAUGUCAACUAUGUUAAAUGA